CAUGGGCUUUGGACCCAGCAGGCAAACUGGAGACCUGAGGCCAGGAGUCCACCGGUCAGUCUGCGAUGUCAGACUCAGGACAGGAGAGCAGCUUCAGCACACAGCAGCACAUAAUCAGUGUCAAUCUGCGGUGAUGGAAUAAAAUAUUUUAAAUACAUAACUAUUUAAAAUCUGCAGUGGUCUAAAUUCUUAUAUAUUUUGAUUCACUUGAUAACCUAGUUCAAGCAUGUGUUUUUUUUUAGAGCUAGUCUAAGAUAUAGGCACGUUCAUUGAUUCAAAAAGCAUGUCACUCAAACGCCAGCUUGAUUUUAAUAGGCUUAGUCCUUUCAAGGACCGCCCACAUCAUUCAGAAGGCCCCGCCCAUCCUCUACAUGUCAUGAAAAUAAUAACAGCAGAGGCAGGUCUGGCGUUUAAACUGUUGCUCGGACUCUGUCAGUGCGCCUCCGGAGCUUUGGCUGAUAGGACUGCUUGGAUCGCUGUGUGCUGGGAAGCGAAAUGAAACGAAGCCACAAUUACAGUUCAUCUGAUAGCGACCUGGACGACAAUAUUGAAGUGGAGAAAGACAGCGGAGACGAAAAUGGGCAAAUUGAUUCUCCUCACGACUCGAUGUCACCGUCCACAACUACUCAAGUUCAAGCCAGAAAAAGACGCAGGGGGAUUAUUGAAAAACGGCGACGUGACCGCAUCAACAACAGCCUGUCAGAGCUUAGGAGACUGGUGCCAAGUGCUUUUGAGAAACAGGGAUCAGCUAAACUGGAAAAGGCAGAAAUAUUGCAGAUGACUGUAGACCAUCUGAAGAUGCUUCAUGCUUCUGGUGGCAAAGGUUACUUUGAGGCUCACGCUCUGGCCAAGGAUUACCGCAGUCUGGGCUUUAGGGAGUGCCUGGCAGAGACGGCUCGCUACCUGAGUAUCAUAGAAGGUCGGGACAGUGCAGACCCCCUCCGAGUGCGCUUGGUCUCCCACCUCAGCAACUACGCCUCUCAAAGGGAAGUGCACACUGGACUCGGACAUUUAGCCUGGGGCUCUGCCUAUGGGACUGCCCCCUCCCAUCUUACCCACCCACUCCUCCUACAACACCCUCAAGGCAGGACACCUGCAUCCAGAAGUAGCAGUAGCCCACCCUGCUCCUCUUCAUCUUCCACAUCCUCCUCCUCCUCAGCUGAGGCAUCUGUGACAUCCAGACUCAGUGUGAUGCCCCCCACGGAGUCCCUUAGGGUGCCUCCCAACGGCACCCUGCCCCUCAGUCUGCCUGUGCCAACCUCUAAGCUCUCGCCACCACUCCUUUCAUCCCUCUCCUCACUUUCUGCCUUCCCCCUCUCCUUUGGUGCUUUUCCUCUGGUUUCCCCAACGGCCCUCAGCCCAGUGGGGCCCUCUUCCACCCUGUCAAAGCCUUAUAGGCCUUGGGGCACGGAGAUAGGAGCCUUCUGACGCUUACAACUGGACUGAGGGCAACAGCUGAGCUGUGCCUUACACCACAGACAAGGCAGGACUACCUGGCUCAUCUGUUUUCAAAGCAAUAAAAAUAGGGGAACAAAACAAAUCAAUUUUAUUUUUAUUAAAGAUAAAGACUGAGUGAGAGGGGUCACUGAAGGAGAGAAUUGUCUCUUAGUAUUUCAAGCACGGAAUACCGCAUCAUUCUAUGUUAUUCAAUGAAAAUUAUAAUUUUUAAAUGUAGCUAACAUGCACUGUCUCCGGGUUGAGGAAUGACACAAUGUUUGGGCUAUCGGUAGAUUUACUGUAUGUGCCAUGUUAGAAGUAAUACAUGUAUUUUGUAGACCAGUUUAUGAUAAUGAACUUCUACAUUUGUAGGUCACAGUUGACACCUUUUAACAUGAUGUAGUUGCUCAUUAACUCAGUCUACUUCUUUAGUGGUAUCAGAGCUACAUCUACUGUAUCAGAGCUACAUUUACUGUAUAUGCCAACAAUGGAAAAACUAACUUGACAGUUGGACACCUGCAUUUGUUUAUCUAUUUGUAAUAUUUUUGUACCAAUAAAUUCAGUUUAAAAGAUGUGAAA